AUGGCGGGCGUGAGGAAGCUGGGGUGGAGCGUGCGGCACCUGGAGCUCCACCGGCUGGUCCUUGCGCUCAUCGCCUUCUGCCUGCUCUCCAUGGCCCUGCUGGCCUACUACGUCAGCGGUGGCCCCAAAAUCAAGGAGGCGCCCCCGCUGCCCUACGGCGAGUGCGGGGCGCCAUCCGCUGCGGGGCCUCAGAGGGCCCUCCUCUUCCCGGCCGUGGGGCCCGGCCGCCGCGUCACCAAGCCCGUGGACAACUUGCGCACGGACCCCGUGGUGCUGGUGUUUGUGGAGAGCCUCUACUCCCAGCUGGGCCAGGAGAUCGUGGCCAUCCUGGAGUCCAGCCGCUUCAGAUACCGCACCGAGAUCGCCCCCGGCAGGGGCGACAUGCCCACCCUGGCCGGGCGGGACCGCGGCCGCUACGCCCUCGUCAUCUAUGAGAACAUCCUCAAGUAUGUCAAUCUGGACGCCUGGAACCGUGACCUGCUGGACAAGUACUGCCUGGAGUACGGCGUGGGCGUGGUGGGCUUCUUCAAGGCCAACGAGAACUCGCUGCUGAGCGCUCAGCUCAAGGGCUUCCCCCUCUUGCUGCACUCAAACCUGGCGCUGCGGGAUUACCGGAUCAACCCGGCGGCGCCGCUCCUGUACAUCACCCGCCCGAACCUCCCGGACCCGGGCCCCCUGCCUGGCGACGACUGGACCGUCUUCCAGUCCAACCACAGCACCUACGAGCCCGUGCUGCUGGCCAGCACCCAGUCCUCCGAGUCGCCGUCCCACGCCGGCCAGCAGGGGGCGGUGCAUGCCACCGUGGUGCAGGACCUGGGCUUGCUGGACGGCAUCCAGAGGGUGCUCUUCGGCAACAACCUCUCCUUCUGGCUGCACAAGCUCGUCUUUGUGGACUCCAUCGCCUACCUGACGGCCAAGAAGCUCUGCCUGCCACUGGAGCGCCACCUGCUGGUGGACGUGGAUGACAUCUUUGUGGGCAAGGAGGGUACCCGCAUGAAGGUGUCUGACGUGGAGGCCUUGCUCAACACGCAGAACAAACUGCGAGCUCUGGUUCCCAAUUUCACCUUUAACUUGGGUUUCUCUGGAAAGUUCUACUACACAGGGACAGACGAGGAGGACCGGGGUGACGACAUGCUGCUGCGGCACAGGAAGGAGUUCUGGUGGUUCCCCCACAUGUGGAGCCACAUGCAGCCGCACCUCUUCCACAACGUCACCGUGCUGGCAGAGCAGAUGCGGCUCAACAUGCUCUUCGCUCAGGAGCACGGCAUCCCCACUGAUAUGGGGUACGCGGUGGCGCCCCACCACUCGGGGGUGUACCCUGUGCACAGCCAGCUGUACGAGGCCUGGAAGUCGGUGUGGGGGAUCAAGGUGACCAGCACGGAGGAGUACCCCCACCUGAGGCCUGCCCGGUACCGCCGUGGCUUCAUCCACAACGGCAUCCAGGUUUUGCCCAGGCAGACAUGUGGUCUCUUCACUCACACCAUCUUCUAUAAUGAGUACCCAGGGGGCUCCAGGGAGCUGGACAAGAGCAUCCGUGGGGGGGAGCUGUUCCUGACUGUACUGCUUAACCCUGUCAGCAUCUUCAUGACUCACCUGUCCAACUACGGGAACGACCGGCUGGGCCUGUACACCUUCGAGUCGCUAGUGAGGUUUGUGCAGUGCUGGACCAACCUGCGCCUGCACACCCUGCCCCCAGUGCAGCUGGCAGAGAAGUACUUCCAGAUCUUCCCCGAGGAGAGGGACCCCUUGUGGCAGAACCCCUGUCAUGACAAGAGACACAAAGACAUCUGGUCCAAGGAGAAGACCUGUGAUAGGCUGCCCAAGUUCCUUGUGAUUGGUCCACAAAAGACAGGUACCACGGCCCUGCACGCCUUCCUGACCCUUCACCCCGCCAUCACCAGCAGCUUCCCCAGCCCCGUCACCUUCGAGGAGGUGCAGUUCUUCAACGGUCCCAACUACCAACGCGGCAUUGACUGGUAUAUGGAUUUCUUCCCCUUCCCCUCCAACGCCAGCACAGACUUCAUGUUUGAGAAAAGUGCCAACUACUUCGACACGGAGGUGACCCCCAAGAGAGCGGCCGCCCUGCUGCCCAGGGCCAAGAUCCUGGCCGUGCUCAUAAACCCUGCGGAUCGGGCGUACUCUUGGUACCAGCACCAGCGGGCGCACCAGGACCCGGCGGCCCUAAACUACACCUUCCACCAGGUGGUGACAGCGGGAGCGUCCUCGCCCCCGGAGGUGCUGUACCUGCGCCGCCGCUGCCUGGGCCCCGGGGCCUACGCCGCUCACCUAGAGCGCUGGCUGCGCCACUACCAGCCCAGCCAGCUCCUGGUAGUAGACGGGGUCUUGCUGCGCUCCAACCCUGCAGUGGUGAUGGAGGGAGUCCAGAAGUUUUUGGGGGUCACGCCCCUCUAUAACUACACCCAAGCGCUGACGUAUGAUGACAGCAAGGGCUUCUGGUGCCAGAAGGUGGAUGGAGGUCGCUCCAAGUGCCUGGGAAAGAGCAAAGGGAGGAAGUACCCCGACAUGACACCAGAGACACGGUCCUUCCUGACAGAGCACUUCAGGGAGCACAACAUGGACCUGCUGAGGCUCCUGAACCGGCUGGGCCAGACGCUGCCCGGCUGGCUGCGGGAGGAGCUACAGAGCAGCCGCUGGAGCUGAAAGCGGGCCGGAAACCAGGCGGAGCCACGCAGGGCGGGGCCAGGGCCAAGCGGGGCCGAGGACCUGGCCUGGCCCACAGCCCAGGGGAAAGGGGGCAGGUGGAGAGAGAAGGCGGAGUCAGGUCUCUCCCAUGCGGCUCCAGGAAGUCACCGUGGAGGAGCAGGGAGGGGUGGGCGGGCGACCAGCUGGUCAGGCCAAAAGAAGGACCCCCCUCUUCAGCCCCGUGUGGAACUGGAGCAAGGGCUUCUGGGAAGGGGAAAGCAGCCGAUCUACAAGGAGGGCUUGGAUGGUGGAGUUCCCAGCGCAAGAAGAGCCUGCACAUUUCUGUCCUGGGGGUGGAGCUGAAAUGUUGUGUGAUCAUCAAUGACUUACUGAUUUCAACCAAUCAAGGCGUUACAUUCUGGAGAGUAGUGAAUUCUGAUUUGUCCAAAUGAGUCAACCAUUGACAGCAUAUGAUGAGCUCCACCCAUAUACAUUGCUUAUGAGGCCCAUCUUGCCCAUCAGUAAUGGUCCAUCGUAAUUGGAUGGUCAUCAACCUCUUAAAAAAGCCAGCCAAUCAGAGACUGGGUGGACCACACAUGCAUGGAUAGUGGUAACUGGGGACAUCAGUACCUUUUCCUUAUUUUCUGAGGGAGCGUAAAACAAUGUACGUUUCUACAGUCCUGUUUAUGCUGAGAGUGGGAGGGGCUGCAGUCGCUCGACAGUAAUGCAGGAGAGGAAGAGGAAGGGCAGGAGAGGAAGAGGAAGGGCAGUUCUCCUGGGCUGGUGGGUUUCCCUCCUCAGAUUUGUUCCAUGAGUACUGGAUGAGAGGAGGACAAUCAGGGAGAAACUGGCAACACACACACACACACACACUCGCACGCACGUACAUACUCAUGCACCCACACACACUCGCAUGCA